GUGUCACUAUGUGGACGCGGCCUCUCCACUGUGCGUCAAGAAUCGAAACCAAAAAUGCUUCAAAUGGGAAAACAAAAGAGAGCUGGGCAUUUAUAAAAGAAGGCGAUUCAUAAAUCACUUCUCAUCACAUUCGAAUGAGGACUGAAAGUCGAUGUUUUGCUGUUUCAUCUAUAGGAAGAACAGAAUUGGUCCCAUAACGUAACUCCCUUUGCUUUCAUAUAUGAAAUGGCGGGAGGUACAAGGCAGCAGCAGAAGGGAUAGUGUGUGACGGGAGAUUCAGGGUCUCACAGCAGGAUGGCCCACUUUGAUACGGAGUACCAGCGCCUGGAGGCGUCUUACAGCGACUCCCCUCCUGGAGAAGAGAAUCUGCUGGUCCAUGUUCCAGAGGGAUCCAAAUCUCCAUGGCACCACAUUGAAAAUCUAGACCUCUUCUUCCAGAGAGUCUAUAAUCUGCACCAAAAGAAUGGAUUUACCUGUAUGCUGCUGGGAGAAAUAUUUGAGCUUGUGCAACUGGUGUUUGUGGUGGCAUUCACAGUGUUCCUGGCUAACUGUGUGGACUAUGACAUCCUCUUCGCCAACAAGUUUGUUAAUCACACAGAUUCCUUGAAGGUUACUCUCCCCGAUGCAUUUCUCCCAGUGGACGUGUGCAGUGCUAGGAUCCGUGACAGUGUUCCGGUCAUCUUCAUCCUCGUCAUAUCAGGAGUCUUUUGGCUCCAUCGUCUUGUCAAGUUUAUCUAUAACAUCUGUUGCUACUGGGAGAUCAGAUCUUUUUACAUCAAUGCGCUGAAAAUAUCAAUGGCGGACCUUCCUUAUUUCACCUGGCAGGAGGUGCAGGCAAGGAUUGUUGAGAUACAGAAGGAGCAUCAGAUUUGCAUCCACAAAAAAGAGCUGUCAGAGCUUGACAUCUACCACCGCAUACUGCGUUUUAAAAACUACAUGGUGGCGAUGGUCAACAAGUCUCUUCUACCAGUGCGUUUUCGGUUGCCUUUGCUGGGCGAUACUGUUUUUUAUACCCGUGGCCUCAAGUAUAACUUUGAGUUGAUUUUCUUCUGGGGCCCUGGAUCUCUCUUUGAAAAUGAGUGGAGUUUGAAGAGUGAGUACAAACGUGGAGGGAAUCGUUUGGAGUUGGCCGACCGCCUGAGCUCGAGGAUCUUGUGGAUUGGAAUAGCCAAUCUUCUCUUAUGUCCGGUUAUUCUGAUUUGGCAGAUUCUGUACGCAUUUUUUAGCUACACUGAGGUGAUCAAGCGAGAGCCGGGAAGCCUUGGUGCUCGAUGUUGGUCGUUGUAUGGCCGUUUUUACCUCCGUCACUUCAAUGAACUAGAUCACGAGCUGAUGUCAAGACUAAGCAAGGGCUACAAAGCCUCCUCAAAGUACAUGAACUGCUUUAUGUCACCAUUGCUGACAGUCGUGGCCAAGAAUGUGGCGUUCUUUGCCGGCUCCAUUCUUGCCGUUUUGAUUGCUUUGACUAUUUAUGAUGAAGAUGUGUUGGCUGUGGAACAUGUGCUCACCAGUAUCACUUUACUCGGAGUUUGCAUCACAGUCUGCAGGUCGUUUAUCCCAGACAAACAUAUGGUGUUCUGUCCAGAGCAGCUGCUUAAAGUGAUCUUGGCACACAUCCACUACAUGCCUGAUCAUUGGCAGGGUAAUGCCCACAGAUACGAGACCAGAGACGAAUUCGCUCAGCUUUUUCAGUACAAGGCUGUGUUCAUACUCGAGGAGCUUUUGAGUCCUGUCAUCACUCCUUUCAUCCUUAUUUUUUGCUUACGACGCAAAUCCUUGGAGAUCAUUGAUUUUUUCCGAAACUUUACUGUCGAUGUGGUCGGUGUGGGUGAUACUUGCUCUUUUGCACAGAUGGAUGUCCGCCAACACGGUCAUCCUGCGUGGAUGUCUGCUGGGAAAACCGAGGCCUCCAUCUAUCAGCAGGCAGAAGAUGGGAAGACAGAACUGUCACUCAUGCACUUUGCCAUCACAAAUCCACACUGGCAGCCCCCUCGGGAGAGCACACAUUUCAUCAGCCUUCUGAAAGAGAAGGUGCAUCGUGAUGCAGCUGUUGGACAGCAGGGAAUCAUAGCAGAGAAUGCAGGCUUUACCUCAACACAUUCACUAUACAAUGAUUCAGAGCCACGUAGUCUUAUUGCUAAUCUCCUGAUGGGUCCCCCUUCCCUGGCUUCUCUGCACCUGGGUCGAGAGGGCUCCAUCAAUCAUGUGUCCAUUGGUGUGAGUGAGGGGGCAUCUGCACUGCGAUCCCUCUCUCCUGUCAGCACUAGUCUCCACCUGCGGGGUAGCUACCCCUCUGCCAGACUGCCACGACCUGACCAUCCAGCUGUGGUGGCUGGACGAGGAAUGGCAGGCUCUAGCACUGACGCCCGCACCAUCAGCUCUGGCAGCAGUGCCUGGGAAGGCCAGCUCACCAGCAUGAUCCUAUCAGAAUACGCCUCCACAGAGAUGAGCAUUCAUGCUCUCUACAUGCACGAGAUGCAUAAGCAGCAGUCGCGAGGUGAGCUGUCUCGACAUACCUGGCACAGGCAGGAGAGUGACGAGAGCAGUGAGAGCGUCAAUGAAGACGUUGAAGCUGCCCGCAACUUCCCCCGAUCCAGCACUUUUCCUUGCACAACCACAUCACACCAGGAGGGGGCAGCAGCACAACAGAGCAGCAGUCAGCGGCGACACGGCGGAACCUCGGAUCCUGCUUCUGGAAGCUUCCGUGUUCAGAGGACCCCUCGUAUGGCCAUGGGGGGUUGGUCUGAGGAAAACCAGACGAGCCGACAUCACGAUCCAGUGCCUGAGGAGGGCUCUGAGGAUGAGCUGCCACCACACAUACAUAAGGUGACUUAAUAUCAUCAAUGAAGUAGAUGAGAGAGACUCACACCAUCCGUUUACUUUUGGACACUGAUCACAAAGGUCAUAUUUAUUUACUCUUUGACAGAACUUAAGUUUAACUAUUGGAUGUCACGGUGUGGCACUGGAUCGAAUUUUCAGAGCUUCUUGCGAACUGAAACUUUGAAGAACAUCCCAAAAUGUACUCAUAGAUCUCAUUUAUUGAUGAAAGCUACAAACUGGUUGUGUAAUAUAUUUUAUUUUGAAUAGGAAAGUCUAUUUGAAUUACCGGAAUAAACAGCGUUCCUUCAGUAAACCGUUUAGUAGGGUUGCAUUAACCUUAACAUUUCCGUUCGUCAAAAAAAAAAAAAGUUAAGGUCGGUGCUGAUGUUUGUGCUUUUGAGCCGCUUUACAUCAUUUGAUAGGAUAAAGAAAUAUUUGUAAUAUGCGAUGUGCCAUUCUGAACGUUCUUGCUUUGCAAAGUUAGUUAAAAAAAAAAUUUAUUGUGUGAGAGUUCCGUGAGAGGGGGAAAAACCACUGAAGAUCAGUCAAGCACGGCACUCCAAAACUGAUGCAUGCUGUUUCUUAUUAUUUUGCACAAUAUCAAAUGAGAAUGCACUUUAUUAUUUUGUUCUCAGAUCCAAAGGAUAAUCAAAUGAGCUUUUAUAAACAUCCAGUUUUAAUAGGUGUAUAUUUCUGUCCCGGGGUUGGGGUUCUGUAGCUCAGACGGAUAAAACAUGAUUAGCAAGAACGACAGGGUUGUGUAAAGCAGUGUUUCUCAACCACGUUCCUGGAGGACCACCAACAAUGCAUGUUUUGGAUGUCUCCUUUGUCUGUCACACCCAUCACAGGUCGUUCAGUCUCUGCUAAUGAGCUGAUCAUCUGAAUCAGGUGUGUUUGGUUAAGGAGACUGGGAAAAUGUGCAAAGCUGGUGGUCCUCCAGGAAUGUGGUUGAGAAACACUGGUGUA